AUGACGAGCUCCCUAGUAAACCCCAAUAACGAUGGGAACAAGAGUUCACUCUCUUUAUCUUCAAUGAGAAGCAAGCUUCAAAGAACAAAACAACGAAUAACUUCAAUACCAAAGGUCACCACUUCUCCAAGAAAGAAAGCUAGUAGCACGAGUAGCAGUGGUAGCAACAGCAGUAAUGGAAAUGUCAGCAACGAUAAUCAACACAAUCAUGGUAAUAAUAAUAGUAAUAACAGAGAAGAGAUGUUAGUGGACGACUUUGCUCUUCGAUACGAAUCAUUCAGUGACGAAGAUCCGUCAACGAGUCCAAGACAUGCAAAGUCGACUUCGGUAGACACGUCUAGGUCAAGAUCCAAAUCACUUUCCAGGUCUGUAUCGAUAUCCUCAUCGAGUUCAAUACUAGUUUUUUCAAAAUCGAAGGUGGUUAGUCCUCAUGAGUCAGUAGUAAAUGAGACCGCAAAGUUGUCUUCGUCUGUCGUUGAAGGCAUAUCUCAGGAUCCUUUGGUGAAGGAUUCCUUACUACCGCCUAUACCUAUGGACAAACCUUCCAAUCAUGAAGAACUUCAUCCUACGUUACCGACAAGUGUGAUUCGUGGCAAUGGACUUUUGCCCCCUCAUACUUGCUCUAGGGAUCAUCUAAGCCAGCAUCACUUGAGUGACUCAAGUACUGCGACUAUGUCCAGUGUAUCCACGAUGAAUGAAAAUCUACAACUUCAAUCAUCACCAGCCAUACAAAAUUUUAGCAUUCAGACGAAUCAUAAAUCCUCCUCCAUUUCCAGUGCCUCUUCUGUGUUGGCAAAACCAAAAAUCGAAGACGUCCUGGCUUCGGAGGACGCAUUAGCCACUGCGAUACUGAAGCAAGUGAAUAAUGGAGAAAGCUGGGAAUUAUGA